GCGCCCCGGGGCUCCGCGCUCCCCCCGGGCGCGCCGCCGCGCAGCGCCAUGGGCGAGGGGGAGCCCAGCAUGGCCGACUACCUGAUCAGCGGCGGCACGGGCUACGUGCCCGAGGACGGCCUCACCGCCCAGCAGCUCUUCGCCACCGCCGACGGGCUCACCUACAAUGACUUCCUCAUCCUGCCCGGCUUCAUCGACUUCACGGCGGACGAGGUGGACCUGACCUCGGCGCUGACCCGCAAGAUCACCCUCAAGACCCCCCUCAUCUCGUCACCCAUGGACACGGUGACCGAGUCGGACAUGGCCAUCGCCAUGGCGCUCAUGGGUGGCAUCGGCAUCAUCCACCACAACUGCACCCCCGAGUUCCAGGCCAACGAAGUGCGUAAGGUGAAGAAAUUCGAGCAGGGCUUCAUCACGGACCCGGUGGUGAUGAGCCCCACGCACACCGUGGGCGAUGUCUUCGAGGCCAAGCUGCGGCACGGCUUCUCAGGCAUCCCCGUCACCCAGACCGGCAAGAUGGGCAGCAAGCUGGAAGGCAUCGUCACCUCCCGCGACAUCGACUUCCUCACGGAGAAGGACUACGCGACCUACCUCAGCGAGGUGAUGACGAAACGCAACGACUUGGUGGUGGCACCUGCCGGCGUCACCCUCAAAGAAGCCAACGAGAUCCUGCAGCGGAGCAAGAAAGGGAAGCUGCCCAUCGUGAACGACAGCGACGAGCUGGUGGCCAUCAUCGCCCGCACGGACCUGAAGAAGAACCGCGACUACCCGCUGGCCUCCAAGGACGCCCGCAAGCAGCUGCUGUGCGGGGCGGCCAUCGGCACGCGCGAGGACGACAAGUACCGCCUCGACCUCCUCGUGCAGGCCAGCGUGGAUGUGGUGGUGCUGGACUCGUCUCAGGGCAACUCGGUCUAUCAGAUCAGCAUGAUCCACUACAUCAAGCAGAAGUACCCCGAGCUGCAGGUGAUCGGGGGCAAUGUGGUGACAGCCGCCCAGGCCAAGAACCUCAUCGACGCCGGCGUGGACGCGCUGCGCGUGGGCAUGGGCUGCGGCUCCAUCUGCAUCACCCAGGAAGGGCACGGCGGUGUACAAGGUGGCGGAGUACGCCCGCCGCUUCGGCGUGCCCGUCAUCGCCGACGGCGGCAUCCAGACGGUGGGCCACGUGGUGAAGGCGCUGUCCCUGGGGGCCUCCACGGUCAUGAUGGGGUCGCUGCUGGCGGCCACCACGGAGGCGCCGGGCGAGUACUUCUUCUCGGACGGCGUGCGGCUGAAGAAGUACCGGGGCAUGGGCUCGCUCGACGCCAUGGAGAAGAGCAGCGGCAGCCAGAAGCGGUACUUCAGCGAGGGCGACAAGGUGAAGGUGGCCCAGGGCGUCUCCGGCUCCGUGCAGGACAAGGGCUCCAUCCAGAAGUUCGUGCCCUACCUGAUCGCCGGCAUCCAGCACGGCUGCCAGGACAUCGGCGCCAGGAGCCUCUCGGUGCUGCGGUCCAUGAUGUACUCGGGGGAGCUCAAGUUCGAGAAGAGGACCAUGUCGGCGCAGAUCGAAGGGGGGGUCCACGGUCUGCACUCGUACGAGAAGCGGCUGUACUGAGGAGGGGCUGCGUGGCGGAGCCCCCCGCCCGGCCGGCCCCACGGCCCCCGGCCGCCGCUAGCCCCCUGCCCGUGGCCCGGACCCCCACCCACCCCACGGCAAUGGGGGUGCCCCGGCCCCCCGCCCUGCUGCCUUCCUGGCGCCCCGGGUCUUUCUCGGGGGGGGGGUAUUGCACCCCGCGGGGGGGCUGUAGGACGUAGCACCCACUGCUCACCUUCCCCCCCCCACCCCACCUUGCCCUGCUGUGGGGGGAGCGAUGGGGGGCUCGGCCUGGUCCCCCGGACCCCCCUCCCCCCCCUCGGGCUGCACUGGCACUUACGGACUGCGCCGGGGUGAGGAAGCCCUCGGCGCCCCCGCUCCCCCCCCCCCCCGUGGAUCUGGGGGUCCCGGCCGCCCCCCGCCGCCCCCGGCAGCCCCCCGGAAGGCUGAGCGUGGCGCGCUGGGGGCCGGCACCGCGCCGUGUAUUGAGUUAUUAAUAAAGUAACGGAGCAUCUGG